UUAACAGAAGAUCCGCUCAUUAAUCAAAUUCGAAUCAUGUCCAAGCUCAGCAUUUUCCUCCUGCUCGUCGCCCUGGUGGUGGCCAUUGAUGCCGAUGGCGAUAGCGAUGUUGGCCGGCCCUGCGAUGGCCGCUGCACCAUCCGGGACCUGAAUAGCCCGAGGCUCCUCUGCGUACGGGAUCGCCGCACUAAUACCUGUACCAAGCUGAGGGCUUGUCGUCUCCGCGAGCUUAACUGCCGCCGGCGCGACUCUGGCCUGACACCGCUCAAGGAGAGCUGCGUCACCCGAUGCCGCAAUAUCAGGGGCGGCAGCGGCGUCAGCGGCCAGUGCGCCAAGCGCCUCCGCACCCAGUCGCCCCAUUCCAUAGACUCCAAGCAAGUGCGCGCAUGUCGCAGUCGUCAGUGCAUCGAUGACAAGAUCGCCGGCUGCUGGAAGGAUCGACAGGGCGCCUGCAUCUUGCAGACCCGUUGCGAGGCAAACCGCAGCAACUGCGUCAGGCAGUCCAACCAAUGGAUCCGCACUAGUCAGUGGCGUUGCCGUGGCAAUGUCCAGGGUGGCGGAGCCCGCAGGUGCCACUCCCAGCCCAUCAUCAUUAAAGAUUAGGCACGGGCAGGGCAGUCCCUCGCUCCACUCCUUAUUCGAACUCAAAACCCGAAGACC